CAAUACGAGCAGCUUCUCUCCAUUCGCGAGCAAGGUGCGAGAAUACUCCAACAUCACAUGGCUGGAGCUUGUGAGUCGUAUGAGGUGAGAACAAAGCUGAGACUGCAAUGGGAGAUAUGUCCAUCUAGAAUGAGUAGCCUGUAUUUGCCCAUUUUCUUGGCCUUGGUUGCGGGAUCGAAGGUCUUCUCUAACCAACCCUGGGCAAUCUCGCAAUCUGUCCAACCAUUUGGAGAUGAAGCGAUGCUAUUUAAUACUAAGUGA